AUGCCAUGGAAUCGACUUGUACAGCCGGCAAGGUGCUAUGCCCAGCGGGGCUUGCCAAGACUUUGGUCUAAUAACCGCGUUGUGGUGUAUACACCGAAGCGGUUCAACUCAAACCCUCAAAACACCGGGCAAUAUACCCCGGGUCCUACUGACCAGCCUGAUUCAGAUGAGGGUAAAGGUCAAGGCCAGGGUCGCAAUGGCGACUCAGACCCUAACUUGAAAUCUACGAUUCUCAAGAUGCUUGAAACUGCAGCAACCACUGCAGCAUCAAUUUUCAUCCUAGGUGCGGCUGGUUAUGGGUACCACCAGUACUACAAGUACUUGAUCCUGGACAAGAUGGACAAUGCGUUCAAACCAGGCGAUCCCGCCCUCGAGAUUGCGGGCGUUGUAUCUGGAAAACACCAGUACCAACAUGAGGAGCACUGGGUUAUUCGCAAUGAGCAACCCAAGGUUGACGAAAUUGUAGCCGGGCGAAGAACGGGCCACUAUUACCUAAUGAUUGGUGAAAAGGGGACAGGAAAGACCUCGAUGCUUCUCGAGGCUAUGCGCAAGAUCAAUGGCAACAGUUGUGCGAUGUUCGAAGCGCAUGCUGAUCUAGAGAUUUUCCGCAUUCGACUGGGUAAAGCUUUGGACUACGAAUUCCACGAGGACUACAUUGGCAGUCUUUUCAGUAUCCGUGGCCCGAGAGACACUACUGCUCUCUUGGACAUUGAACGUGCCUUCAAUAAAUUGGAGAAAGUGGCACUUACCAGGAGACGCGCCGGCUCAUCUCCCCUGAUCCUGAUUAUCAACAGCACUCAUUUGGUUCGGGAUGACCAUGAUGGACAGGACUUGCUCGAGAUGAUUCAGCAAAGAGCAGAGCAAUGGGCUGCCAGUGGCCUUGUCACAACUAUCCUCAACAGCGAUGAUUACUGGGUAUAUGAGCGUCUGAAGCGUUAUGCAACUCGCAUGGAAGUCAUUCCCGUAACCGAUCUACCCAAGGACAAGGCGAUGGCCGCAUUGAAGAAGUACCGUGAGCAGUAUUAUAACCAGGUUCUCCCAUCAUCGGUUCUGGAGCAAGUCUAUGACAAAGUGGGCGGUCGUCUGUCCUUCUUGAGCCGUGUCGCCAAAUCUGAGGAUAUGACCAAAACAUGCGACGACAUUUGCCGCGCCGAAAAGACGUGGCUUCUGAACAAGUGCUGGAUUCUUGGAAAGGAGAUGGACGACGAUGUGAUGGACGAGCAGAAAUUCUCAUCUGCGGCUAUGGUGCUUGCGAAGGCACUUGUUGACAAAGAGAGAGAUAUGGAGCGUUACCACCCAGAAACAGGCCACAUUUUGCCUGAGAUCCCGCUUCACGAAGCACGCGAGAUUAUGACCCGUGCUGACUUCAUUCAAUCCUACGAUCAUGAGAAUAUCUUCACCAUUGACUCGCGAGCCAUGGUGCGCGCUGACUCUGUGCCUAUGCAGAAUGCCUUCCGCGAGAUUUGCGAUAUCGACAGAUUUGACUCGCACCUGGAGGGUACUCUAGAGCGCAUUGGCGACAUUGAGAGUCUUGGUCGUACUCGUGAGUUGACAAUUAAGGACCUCUGGAACCAGGGCAAGUACAGGGUAGUGGUGAAAGACAACCACGGACGUGAAAGUGGUACAGUGGAAUUUGCCGUGGCAGAGACAGAGGAGGAUGCUUAG